GUGUCUGAAUGAAUGAAUACAUAUGUCCUAAUGCUCCGGUCUCGCCCUGAGACAGCAUCGAUGUUUCGUUUGAGGUUUCAGCUUCUUUCAGGUUAAUGGAAGCACAGGGUGGUGCACAAGUCAGGAGGCUUCACAUUGUCUAUUUUCUUAGUCGGAAGGGCCGUAUCGAACACCCUCAUCUUGUUCGAGUCCAUCAUCUCUCUAGGAAUGGUGUCCGACUACGAGACGUCAAGAGAUGGUUGGGGGAGUUACGAGGGAAGGACAUGCCCGAAUCAUUUUCUUGGUCGUAUAAAAGAAGGUACAAGACAGGUUAUGUAUGGCAAGACUUGCUGGAUGAUGAUCUCAUUACACCAAUAUCAGACAAUGAAUAUGUCCUCAAAGGAUCAGAGAUUUCCUCUUCUAACAUUAAAGCAGCUGAGGAAAAGGUUGUGAAGCAAAAACAUCAAACACCCCUCCAAGAAAAACAGAAAACCAUAGGCAAAGAAGAUAGCCACAGCCAUAAUUCAUCAGAGACAUCGAUGUAUGUAUCAACAAAAUCAUCGUCUGAAAUCGAAGAAGAGUCCCCAACUUUCAGCUCAGACACAUCCACAUUGACAGAUGACUCUGGGAAGCCCGAAAUGGAGAAGAAUUCAGACACAACCAAACAUGAAAAUCCAGACAACAGAACAGACCAUCCGUCCCCUACUUUCGGUCAGAAGAACAAGAAGAGGAGCAGCAAAGUUACCAUCAAUGAGAAUAUUACAACAACAUCGACGGCUGCUGAUGCAUCCAAGAUUCCAUCGUCAGAGCCUCAGUUCACGAAGAGCAAGAGCUAUUCCAAUGGAGCAUCACACAUAUUCCGAAACUUGAUCAGUUGUGGUGCUGUGGAAACCAAUGACUCAGCUGUGGUGGCGAUCAACAAGCAGAACAGGCCAACUUUCUUGAACAUGUGUGCUAGUGAUGCCAGUAGUGUUCAUUCAGCACAGAUUUGCAAGAGGGAUGGACUUGGAGGGUCUCAGAGGGUACUCCAAACUCCCCAUUGGGUACAACAACAAUGGACUGGAAGUUGGAAGGGCUUUGAUGGGCCGAAGGAUUCAGCAAAGAACAAGAGUGAAGUAAGGGACCAAAGAGCAACUUCUGCUGCAUACAAGCCAGUUAACGGGCCAACUUGCUCGUCGGAAUCUAAGGUUUGGGGAGAAUCACAGCCAUUGAUUUUGCAGGGGUUGUUCUUGACAAUGUGGGAAGCCAUUCAAGCCAGAGAAACUGCAUGCACAUAUGAAAUCCUGCAAGGGAAUGAAAGCAUUGUCCAAAGGUGCUGCUAAUGCUGCAAUUUCUGCUGCUGAGAAGGCACCAAAGGGAUCAACAACGGGAUUCAGAAAUCAUGACUCGAUUUCUGUCCAUUUGUUAACUCAUUGACUGUUAGGACUUUGUUAUGCAUACAUUUGUCUAUUCUAAAAAAUUCAUUUGGCAGAUGAGAAAUCUUGGACGCAACGUCUCAAGACCUGCAAACUUUUCAAAGUAAAAAGGAAAAGAUCAUAGACAGAUUUACAAGUUUAAUUUUUCUGAUUCGUAUAACAAGUAUUCUUGAGAUGUAAGAGAGGGACAGAGAGAGAGAAAUCAAGAGACUAAACUUCAUAAGAAAUUAA